GCCACUCGGCAUUCUUCGGAAAUGAUCGGCCGCUAACGGUCGGAAUGUUCAAAUGUUGCUGUAGACUGAGGUGAAGAAAGAAAAGGGAGAAAAGAGGGACAGCGAGACGGAAUGACGGUGCUGCAGGAACCUGUUCAGGCUGCAGUGUGGCAAGCACUGAACCAUUAUGCUUACCUGGAUGCAGUUUUCCUUGCUGAGAGACUCUAUGCUGAAGUGAGGUCGGAGGAGGCGCUCUACCUUUUGGCGACAUGUUACUACCAAUCGGGGAAAGCUUACAAGGCGUACCGGCUGCUGAAGGCUCACAGUUCAACCACGCCGCAGGUUCGAUUCCUGUUGGCCAAGUGCUGCGUGGAGCUCAGCAAGUUGGCAGAAGGGGAGCAGGUUCUGAUCGGUGGAGUUCUGAACAAACAAAAGAGUCAAGAUGACCUCGUCACAGAGUUUGGAGACUCCGCCUCCUUCACACUGUCCUUGCUGGGACACAUUUACUGCAAGACAGAUCGAGCUGCUAAAGGUGCAGAGUGCUUCCAGAAAAGUUUGUCCCUCAAUCCGUUCCUGUGGUCGCCUUUCCAGAACCUCUGUCUCCUAGGUGACAAACCUGAUCCAGAUCAGGUCUUCAGACUGUCCUCCUUGCAGCACCCUUCAAUAGUCCCGCCCCCAACAUCUGUGAGUCCGGCACAGAACUCCUCGCAUCGCAUGGAGACUGCCUUCAUGGAGACGCCACAGCACACACUGGAGUUAAAUCGUUUGAACUUAGAAUCAUCCAAUGCAAAACAGACCUCUGAUUUGUCGCUUUCCUACAUCGACUCCUCCCUCAUCUCCCCGGAGACGGGCUCCCUAUUGGGCAACGCGGUUUCCUUAGCAUCAGCUGGCACCUUAUUGGCUAAACAGAACAAAUCUAAAAGUGGGAGGAGUUUACUGGGAGGACCGGCUGCUCUCAGUCCGCUCACGCCGAGCUUUGGCGUCUUGCCCUUGGAGCCCAGCCCUGGAGAACCCACAUACCUCCAGAAUUAUUCAUCCAGCAUGGAAACACAAUCCAGCGCCCCCAGCAAAAAGUGUGUGUCCAGGAUCACACAGUCCAAGACCGUCUUCAGUCAGAGUGGGAAUAGUCGGGAUGUUCUCCCCAUACCGUUAAACCCAUCCCAGACAUCUGCUCCUCACACCAGUGCUUCACCUCAGGUGCUCAGUCCCAGUAUGUCUGGUCCUCCAAAUGUUCAGCCCAGAAGAAGCUCCAGGCUGUUCACUAGUGCCAGCUCCACUGCCAAGGAGAAUAGUAAGAAGUUAAAGAUGAAGUCCCUCACCAAGAUUCCAAACAGGAAAAGCAAAUGUAAACCCACCAAGACCCCAAACAGCAGCAACCUGAAUGACAGCCUGGACAUCCUCCGACUGGACCCGAGUCUGAGUCUGGCUGACACCAAGAUGCCCCAGUACCAGAGAGCUGCAGCAGACAGCGUGAUGGUGUUGCUUCGGGAACUGGGGCGUGGCUACCAGGCCUUGUGCUCGUACAACUGUCGAGAAGCCGUCAACAUCCUGACCUCCCUCCCGCCGCAGCACUAUAACACCGGCUGGGUGCUCACCCACAUCGGCAUGGCCUACUUCGAGCUGGCCGAGUACACGCAGGCAGAGCGUCUGUUCGCUGAGGUUCGCAGGAUCGAGUCGUACAGAGUGGAGGGCAUGGAGAUCUACUCCACCACCCUGUGGCACCUGCAGAAGGAUGUUGCUCUGUCUGCCUUGUCCAAAGACCUGACGGACAUGGACAAGAACUGUCCUGAGGCCUGGUGUGUCGCAGGAAACUGUUUCAGCCUGCAGAGGGAGCAUGACAUCGCCAUCAAGUUCUUUCAGAGAGCCAUCCAGGUGGACCCAGGCUUCGCCUACGCCUAUACUCUACUGGGUCACGAGUUUGUGAUGACCGAGGAGUUGGAGAGAGCCCUCGCUUGCUUCCGCAACGCCAUCCGAGUCAGCAACAGACACUACAACGCUUGGUACGGUCUGGGGAUGAUCUACUUCAAACAGGAGAAGUUCAACUUGGCAGAAAUCCACUUUAGGAAAGCUCUGAGCAUUAACCCUCAGAGCUCCGUGCUGCUCUGUCACAUCGGAGUGGUGCAGCAUGCAUUGAAGAAGUCUGAUGCGGCCUUAGAGACCCUGAACAAAGCCAUCGGGAUCGACCCAAAAAAUCCCUUGUGCAAGUUCCAUCGAGCGUCGAUCCUGUUUGCCAAUGACAAAUACAAGGCAGCACUUCAGGAGCUGGAGGAGUUGAAGCAGAUUGUUCCCAAAGAGUCUCUGGUCUACUUCCUCAUUGGAAAGGUGUACAAGAAGCUGGGACAGACUCACCUGGCGCUCAUGAACUUCAGCUGGGCCAUGGAUCUGGAUCCCAAAGGAGCAAAUAAUCAGAUCAAAGAAGCCAUUGAUAAACGAUAUUUGCCAGAAGACGAAGCGGCGGUGGAGGCGGACGACAGUCAGGACAGCAGCGCCAUGACGGACGCUGACGACACGCAGCUUCAUACUGCUGAGAGUGACGCUCUUUAGCCACGCCCCCUACUCUCAUCCUCUGACUUGGAACAGACUCUGCUGCUUUUGAGCUCCGCCCCUUCCUGUUGUCACCGAGCUCCGCCCCUUCCUGUUGUCACCGAGCUCUUACAGGAUUUUUUAUGUUCUAUGGAAAAAGUCAAUAAACGUAUUAGC